GGGCUUGCCCCGGGCGCGCGCAGCUCUUUUCGGCGGCGGCCUCCUUUUCUCUUCCAUCUCCUGCUGCAGGUGGCGGUUGCGAUGGCGGCAGCGGCGGGCGGCCUGGGCCGAGUCCCGGACGUGGACAUCGAUCCCGACGGCGUCUUCAAAUACGUGUUGAUCCACGUCACGCCCCAGGGCUCGGGGAAGGGCAAGGACGUCGUGCGUGGAUACGCCUGGGCCGAGUACCACGCUGAUAUUUAUGACAAGACAGCAGAGGAGCUGGAGAAGCAGGGCUUCCACUGUGAGUGCCUGGGUGGAGGCAGGAUCUCCCACCAAAGCAGAGCAAAGAAGAUCCACGUUUAUGGCUACUCCGUGGGUUUUGGCCGAGCGAAACACUCCGUGUCCACAGAGAAGUUGAAAGCCAAAUACCCCGACUACGAGGUCACCUGGGCAGACGACGGAUACUGACCACGGUGGAUUCUGCCCUGGAGAGGCAGUGAGGAGCUUGCUUGCUUGGUCCCAUCCUAACUGGUGCUGUGCAGCGCUGGGUGAUGCGAGGCUGCCGAGUGAGAUGUGUCGAUUUGCAAGAGGAUGCGUCAGACUCUGGAUCAAUGGACUGCAUUGGCCUAUUGUAGACUGUGCCAAGCCUGUGUGUGAAUGGAAAGAAAUAAAAGAUUACAGGCACA